GGACGACGAGCUUACUGCUGCACUUCGCCCAAGAUGUCGACUAUUCUUCGGACGCUGCGGAACCUGAGGAGGAUUGGUAUCAAGGACUAUGGUCACCAGAUGCAGAACAUCGGUGAUACCAAAGCCGGUACCUUGAUUGGCGUCGACCGCUUCGGCAACAAGUUUUUCGAGAAUCUUGAGGAGGAGCUCCCUCUCCGGACACGUUGGGUCGACUACAAGGAGUCGGAAUUCGACGCUGCACAGAUUGAGCCCGGCUGGCACGCCUGGAUCGCCUACAUGGUCGACCAGCCUCCUACUGCGGACAAGAUCAUGCAGACUGGUGUGCGCCCUUGGGAGUUGUCCGAGCAUCGACCUAACCCCACCCUCUCCCGUGCUGCUUUCAAGACCUACAAUACCGUCAAGCCGAAGUACUCCGCCUGGGACCCUGUGGCAGCUCCCCGUAAUUAGGUGAGGAGCAGUCUUACUUGAGCUUUAACUUGGUUCUGUUUGACCCCAACUGUAAGACCAUUGUUGGGUGAUGUGUAAAUAAAGUUGUCCUAUUGGUCGUUUGAUUCCAUCAGAGUUGUUCCAUCUAAAACGCCUUGCAAAUUUCCCCGUAUGUAUAAAGUAGUAUCUAUUCACAAUUCUAUAACAGGAAGGUAUCUUAUUAAGU